CCUGAACGAAACCUGCAAGCAUGGGGGUCAACUUACCAUAAUGUACUGGCAUCACUGCCCGUAUAUCAUGAAUGAAACACGUGGAAACGUCUCUGGGGUCUUUCCAAACAUUCUGAAAAGUAUUGUCAAACAGUGUUGUCAUGGCAACGUCGAACUGGUGUACCAGCAAACAAAGGGACCAGCGGAUUUCUACACAGCAGUUCAAGAAAUGAGAUUUAACAGGUUAGUAUAUAUAAAUUAAUGAAGCCAAUGGCAAUCAUACAAACGUGACGUGUGUUUUGUCUUUCGUUUGUCAAGUAUUUAUCUUUGUACCUUAACCUAAUAUAGUAUAUAUAUCAGGGUUCGUACACCUUCAUAAUUUGAAAAAUCCAGGGUUUUCCAGGACUUUUUUUCAUCCUUUUUCCAGGGGUUUUCCAGGGGCAUUUCAAAUAUAAAUCUAUAAGUGUUUAACGGAUAAGAAACGUUCGCGACGGCUAGUACUUCAUCUUGCACAGAUACUUUUGGGUUUGUACCAGUUUGAACGAAAUAUAUUCAUAGUUUGACUAUAUAUAAUGCAAGAACCUUUUGUUCAAUCGUUCUUUUUAAGAUAGUGUGAAAUAGUUUAGGUAUAAUCCUAUACCUAGCUCAGUUUCUCAGUUUUCCAGGGAUAAAUUUGAAAUUCCAGGGUUUUCAAGGGUUUUUCAGGACUAAAAUAAAAAUCCAGGGUUUUUCAGGAUUUCCAGGGGGCGUACGAACCCCGAUAUAUGUAGAUUGCUCAAUAAAUUCAUUAAAUAAAUAAAAAAAAUCACUUUCUCUAGAUCACAGCCGAAGAAGUUCGACAUUGCAUUGCCGGUCCACAUAGAGAAGUACGGCAAGACCUUAUUUGAGACUUUGCCAUUUAUCGCGAUCGCGGAGUCGCUUGGCAUAGCUGUUUUGAAACACAGCAAUGUCUCCAGUGGAAAACUCAUGUCGUCGCUGCUCCAAGCUUGGCCUGUCUUGUUAUUCAUUAUCUUAACUGCGUGUGUUGCUGGAAUAAUUAUGUGGUUUGUGGUAUGUCAACAUACUAGCGGGUGUCCCCCAAAAAAAACUGGACACUGUUUGAUUUCAUGUAACGUAAAAGUUAUAAAAGCUAGGCGCAAUGAAAUAAAGAACAUUGCAUUCAGAAAGGACUAACUUAGAUUUUGAUAUAUAACACUUGAAUUUACAUGCAAUAUUGACUGCGCUAUUGACGUUUGAACAUUGAAUUACUGUUUUUGAAAAUGCCAAAAAUUAGCAUAAAACAACCUUAUAAUUACCGAUGUAGUUAUACUUUUUAAAUAAUAAAUAUUGUUAUUUUGGUUGUAUCAUGGAUAAUAAAAUACAUGGAUAGGAAACUAGCUGACGUGACCUAAUGUUUUCAAUGGGAUGAUGGCGUUGAAACCUAGUUGCAAACCAAAUUCUCAAAAACGGCAUGUUUAGCGAUAAUACAGCUAAACAUUCUAGUCAAAGAGCAAAUAAAUAUAACUAAGCCAUUCUACGAUGAAAUCUCCAAGUAUUUCCAGUCAAUUUUAGCAAAUAUUUCAAGCACUAAACAGUGAAAAAUGCAUCGCAAAUUUCGUAAAAAUUGGCGACGCCAAUUUCGUAGCUACAAAUGUUAAAAAAUACAAAACAAAGACGAAAAACAUUUACCUUGAAUACUUUGUCGUGGCUUAGGCAUGUUUUUAAAACAAUUAGACCAGUUUAUGCUUCAAUAUUACUCUUUCAAAGCGGAAAAUAUAGCGAAACAACAAAAAUGCUGAGAACUUUGGCAAUACAUGUGACGUCACAGAUUGCAACUAGGUUUAGACUGUGACGUCAGCUAGUUUCCUAUCCAGUUAUUUUACAAUCCAUGGUUGUAUCUCGCUCAAUAUUGCAUGUAAAUUCAAGUGUUAUAUAUCAAAAUCUAAGUUAGUCCUUUCUGAAUGCAAUGAGCUUUAUUUCAUUGCGAUAGCUUUAAAAUUUACAUUACAUGAAAUCAAACAUACAGUGUCCAGUUUUUUGGGGGGACACCCGGUAGGUCUUAUAAACGAGGAAGGUUUAAAAUUUCCUUGACAAGUUUUAUUUGCUCGUGUGUAUGGUAAAAAUGACAAUUUUUACCAUAAACCAAGCAGUCUUGUUCCAAAGCUAGACAUGAAAGCUUCUGGACAAGGAAAACUUGUUCGUGUGUAGGGCAGCCAAGGAAAACUUGACAAGCGUAAGAAAUACUUCUACGGUUUUUACUGUAAAACUCACUGACUUAAACUCCUCACCAUCUGGGUAUUGAGUGGACAUAUAUUUCAACUCGGCAAUGUUUGACGGCAAUCAUAUAAUAUCUUUAGGAAAGGCAAUCCAACUCAAAACAGUUCUCGCCAUCAUUCCCACAUGGUGCAUUUGAUGGAUUCUGGUGGGCGUUCGUGAGCAUGACAUCUGUAGGGUGAGUCAUUUGACAUAUAUUAGUUGUGUAAUAUACCAAAUUAACUUUACCUUUAUUGUAUUCUGGAUAGUUCUAUCAGCUCUAUAAACUGUUCUCCAUAGAGGUCCAGUAAGAGUCAUCUCUUAUUGAUCCAGUCAGUGUUAUACUACAGGAGGAAACCUAAAUUAAACUAACUUUACUUAUGUUGGAUAGCUCUAUCAGUUCUAAACUGUUCUCCUUAGAGGUCCAGUAAGGGUCGAGAUUUAUUGUUCCAGUGUUACUAUAAUACAGGAGGAAACCCUAAACUAAACUAACUUAUACUUUAAUCCUAGAGGUCCAGUAAGGGCCAUACUUUAUUAUUCCAAUGUUGCUAUAUGCGAACGUACAGUAAACCUAAACUAAACAAACUUUACGCUGGAUAAUUCCAUCAGUUCUAAACAGUUCUUCCCAGAGGUCCAGUAAGAGUCAUCUCUUAUUGAUUCAGUAUUACUACAGGAGGAAACCUAUAAACUAAAUUUAUUUAUACCGAAUAGCUCUAUCAGUUCUAAACGGUUCUCCCUAUAAAGCUCCAGUAAGUAUCAUCUCUUAUUGAUCCAGUGUUACUAGAGGAGGAAACCUAAUAAACUAAACUAACUUUAUUUAUAAUAGAUAACCCUAUCAGUUCUAAACUGUUCUUCCCAGAAGUCCAGUAAGAGUCAUCCUAUAUUGGUCUGCUGUUGGCAGGAGGAAUCCUAAACUAAACUAUAAACAUUGUACUUUCAUUUUUCCGUUCUAUAGAUAUGGAGAUAAAUUUCCAAAAUCGAUACUUGGAAAACUUCUAGGAUCAUGCUGGAUAGUUAUUGGAAUGCUAUUUGUAACAAUGUUUCUCGGAAUAUUGACUACGACACUGAUGACUUUACUUAUGGACGGAACAUUUGAUAUCCAACAUGAAAGGGUAAGUUUUAAAUGGUCUGGUAUUGAAUGUAUUCACACAGAAUUACGAAAUGUAGUUCAAUUUUCUUGCACGCUGUGUUAGGUUUACAAACGAACAUGCAAACCGCCCCAAAAGCGUUGCUUCUUUGUUGUUUUUUUUAACGCUAGAGAAAGGCUGGAAACUGUUAAACAACUUUAUAAUUUUUCUACUCUUUGUCCUCAGAUCACGGUACUUAAUGGCAGUGUCGCACAUUGGUUGGGAAUCGAACAUCACGCUACGAUCAAAGGUGACACGAUUUUUCUGGAUCUCUAACCAGAACUCAUUGAAUUAUAGAAUGGUAUAAAUUACUUUACUCCAGAUUGCCUCCCGUGGUAACACUGAACCGACAAGGGAUGGCUGUUACUCGACCUCAAAAGAGAAUAGCUUAGAACUGAUAGAGCUAUCCAGUAUAAAUAAAGUUAGUCUAAUUUAGGUUUCUUCCUGUCGUAACAUUGCAUCAAUAAGAGAUAAUCCUUACUGGACCUCUAGGGAGAACAGUUUAGAACUGAUAGAGCUAUCCAGUAUAAAUAAAGUUAGUUUAGUUUAGGUUUCCUCCUGUAGUAACACGUACUGAAUCAAUAAGAGAUGAUCCUUACUGGACCUCUAGGGAGAACAGUUUAGAACUGAUAAAGCUACCCAGUAUAAAUAAAGUUAGUUUAGUUUAGGUUUCCUCCUGUAGUGACACUGCAUCAUAGAUAUCUUAUAUACACUAGAUAGUGCAUCUAAUUAUUCUGCAAUUCAAAAAUUGAAGCUGUGAUUGCAGUCUCAGGUUGUUCCCAUGAAAUGAGGAGAUACGUAUGUUUUCUAUUUCUUAAACAGGGAACUUAAACAUUAAGUUAACCCUAUUCCAAAUACGUUUUUAAACUAUUCAAAUGAUGAAAGUUGUUGUCGAGUGUUUUUAAGCGUUUAUUAGCAAGUGGGAACGACCAACAUGGCCGCCAUCUAUUCAAAUGGGGGUAACCGCUGGAAUAUUCUUCGCUUCAAUUUUACUAAAAGAGAUGCGCUAUCUAGUGUAUAUAAGAUAUCUAUGCACUACAUCAAUAAGAGAUGAUCCUUACUGGACCUCUAGGGCGAACAUUGUGGAACUGAUAGAGCUAUCCAGUAUAAAUAAAGUUAGUUCAGUUCAGGUUCCCUCCUGUAGUAACACUGGGUAAAUAAGAGAUGAUUCUCACUGGACCUCUAGGGAGAACAGUUUAGAACUGAUAUAGAUCUAUUCAGUAUAAAGUUAGUUUAGUGUAGCUUUCCUCCCGUAGUGACACUGGAUCAAUAAGAGAUGAUCCUUACAGGACCUCUAGGGAGAACAGUUUAGAACUGAUAGAUCUAUCCAGUAUAAAGUUAGUUUAGUGUAGCUUUCCUCCCGUAGUGACACUGGAUCAAUAAGAGAUGACUUUUACUGGACCUCUGAAAUCUGGAAAGAACAGUUUAGAACAGAUAGACCUAUACCUAUAUAUAAUAUAUAUAUAAACUGGCUUUUACCUUGUGCAGUUAUGAAGAAGCAAGAAGCCUUAUACCCUCCAUUGAUCGACUACGAAGUAGACGCAGCCUUGGUAGAUAUAAACAGUCUGAAAGACGUCGUUCACAAACUACAAAAAGAAUACAAUAUCAGAGUUUCAGGAAUUUUGCUCAAAGAGACUUUCUAUGGGAUCGUGUUGAGAGAGAAGGCUGACAAUCUUACGGCAUGUUUCCAAGAAUACAUAGAGAAAUAUGAACAUUCUAUUUUCAGCAAAAUGUCAGAGUAUAGUGGAACUCAGAAGGUAGGACUAAAUUCCAUUGUAAACUGUGUAUUACUUUUUGUCCAGCCUAUCAGAUAUUGGCGAGUUUCAGACACAAACCACGACAGCUUAUUGUAGAAUACUACCUACACUGGACCACCACGUUUGAGAUAUCUUUUUCAGGUAGUUCAGACACAAACCACGACAGAUUAUUGUGGAAUACUAUACUUACACUGGACCAUCACGUUUGAGAUAUCUUUUUCAGGCAGUUCAGACACAAACCACGACAGAUUAUUGUAGAAUACUAUACUUACACUGGACCACCACGUUUGAGAUAUCUUUUUCAGGUAGUUCAGACACAAACCACGGCAGCUUAUUGUAGAAUACUACCUACACUGGACCACCACGUUUGAGAUAUCUUUUCAGGUAGUUCAGACACAAACCACGACAGCUUAUUGUAGAAUACUACCUACACUGGACCACCACGUUUGAAAUAUCUUUUUCAGGUAGUUCAGACACAAACCACGGCAGCUUAUUGUAGAAUACUAUCUACACUGGACCACCACGUUUGAAAUAUCUUUUUCAGGUAGUUCAGACACAAACCACGGCAGCUUAUUGUAGAAUACUAUCUACACUGGACCACCACGUUUGAAAUAUCUUUUUCAGGUAGUUCAGACACAAACCACGGCAGCUUAUUGUAGAAUAUUACCUACACUGGACCACCACGUUUGAGAUAUCUUUUUCAGGUAGUUCAGACACAAACCACGACAGCUUAUUGUAGAAUACCACCUACACUGGACCACCACGUUUGAAAUAUCUUUUUCAGGUAGUUCAGACACAAACCACGGCAGCUUAUUGUAGAAUACUAUCUACACUGGACCACCACGUUUGAGAUAUCUUUUUCGGGUAGUUCAGACACAAACCACGACAGCUUAUUGUAGAAUACUACCUACACUGGACCACCACGUUUGAGAUAUCUUUUUCGGGUAGUUCAGCCCACAAACCACGACAGCUUAUUGUAGAAUACUACCUACACUGGACCACCACGUUUGAGAUAUCUUUUUCGGGUAGUUCAGCCCACAAACCACGACAGCUUAUUGUAGAAUACUACCUACACUGGACCACCACGUUUGAGAAAUCUUUUUCAGGUAGUUCAGACACAAACCCCGACAGCUUAUUGUAGAAUACUACCUACACUGGACCACCACGUUUGAGAUAUCUUUUUCAGGUGGUUUAGACACAAACCACGACAGCUUAUUGUAGAAUACUACCUACACUGGACCACCACGUUUGAGAUAUCUUUUUCAGGUGGUUUAGACACAAACCCCGACAGCUUAUUGUAGAAUACUACCUGCACUGGACCACCACUUUCCUGAUAUCUUUCCGAGGUGGAGGCCCUGAUCUUCAUAAAUCAAAUUAGUACCAACAUUUUUGGCUUCUUUAGAGCAAGCUAAACGCAGCAGAAGACUACUUCGGUAGCGGAGGAAUAUUCAGCAUAUCUGUGUACAGUAUGAUAGCCUUGUUUGUCACAUGCUGUGUCGCUGGUUGUGUCUGGGAGUUACACAAACAACGUAGUUUGACUGUAAUGAAAGAAGAGAGCAAUGGUAAGUAUAUCUGAAAGACUUUGACACUAGUACAUGUGGUUACCAAACUAACUACUCAUACUAUAUAGAUAGCUCUAGCAGUUCUCUCUGAAAGCUAGUAAACUAUCUUUAUUUAUACUGGAUAGCUCUAUCAGUUCUAAACUGUUCUUCCUCGGUCCAAUGACAGUAAGAGGUAUCUCUUAUUGAUCAAUGCCAGUGUUAAUGCAGAAGGAAACCUAAAACUAAACUAACUCUAUUUAUACUGGAUAGCUCUAUCAGUUCUAAACUGUUCUCCCUAGUGGUCCAGUAAGGAUCAUCCCUUGUUGAUCCAGUGUUACUACAGGAAGAAACCUAAAGUAAACUAACUCUAUUUAUACUGGAUAGCUAUAUCAGUUCUAAACUGUUCUCCCUUGAGGUCCAGUAAGGAUCAUCUCUUAUUGAUCCAGUAUUACUAUACAGGAAGAAACCUAACCUAAACUAACUUUUAUUUAUACUGGAUAGCUCUAUCAGUUCUGAACUGUUCUCCCUAGAGGUCCAGUAAGGGUAAUCUCUUAUUCCACUGUUACCACAGGAGGAAACCUGAACUAAACUAACUUACUUUAUUUAUACUGCAUAGCUCAAUCUAUCAGUUCUUAAGUGUUCUCCCUACGGGUCCAAUAAUAAUAAUCACUUAUUGACCAGUGACAGGAUGAGUUAGGAUAUCGAAAUCUUUGUAAAAUUGAAUAGUUUAGCCUUUAUUUACCUCUUAUUACCUCGGGUCGGUACGACACCGAGGUCAUAAAUUCGGCUCCUUUUUUUUUUAAAUUGUUGAUUUAAGGUGGCUCCCUAGGAUUUUUUAAUUUACUACACUAUAGUAUUCAGGAGACUCCUGUUUCUUUACUUUAUAUGACAUAAAAACGAAAUUUAUUGGACACAUUGACAAUGUUCUCCUGAACAUUGCAAAUUGCUACUUUUGUGUUAAAAAUAUGUUGUCAUGGCAACAGCAUGCUUAGAAUAAAGCUCAAAAUUUGUAUUUUUCAGGUCAUUUUAAAAAUUUCCUUCGGUGAAUAUUUUUAAAACUUUGCAUAAAAGAUAAUACUUGUAUAAUGAUUUUUUCCCCUCAAUUUAAAAAAAUUAAAUCGAUACGUUUCUUAGAAAAUUUAAAAAACGUCAAAAAUCAAUAUUAAAAAUUUUCCCUUCGAUUUAAUUUUAAGAAAAAAGGAUAUUGCACUUAUUGUGCCGAUAUUAAAAAAUGUGGAAAGUUUUAAAAAAUUUUACCGAAGGAAAACAGAGAAAUUUGGGUUUAAUUUUGGCAAUUUUUACUAGAUUUUUACGCGAACAAUUUAAUACCCCAACUGACGUGUACAUGCAUUCUGCAUAAAACAACAAGGCAUGACUUUUUUGAAAUCACAAAAUAUAAAUUAUGUUUGAUAUACUGUUUAUAACUGUGUCGGUUAAUGGUCAACGAAGCGUGGAUUAUACAUGUAAAAAUGGCAAAGAUAUUUAGGUAAUUACUGGUUAUGACUUCUUGGUAUUAAUUUGAAAAAAAAUUUGAAAAUUUCAGUUUUUAUAGCGGUAUGUUUGGAGUUUCGGCCCUGCUCAUUUCACCCGUAGAGGGCUCAUUAUUUAAGUCAUCUUUAUCGUCAUAAGUGCUGCUAGAUUGUGGAGAAAACACUGCAAAUUCUUGAGGAAACUUUAUAUCAUAUCCCAAUGUUCGCGAUCGAACCUCGCGUACGGCGGUUCAAAAAACAUCCAGAAUACCGCUUGAAAAAAAACAAGUUUACAUUAUCUUUUUUUGAAACAUCACAUCCAAGUAUCGUUUUGGCUUUUACAACUCUUUUAUGCUUUCAACUGAAGCAAAGUUCACACAUUUGUUUCAAAAAAGAGUUCCAUAUAAUAUACGAAGAACGUAACCCCCGGAAAUAAACCCUAGGGAGCCACCUUAAAACCAGAAGAUGUGAUAAUUUUGACAUACAUGUUUAACUGGAUAACUAUUCUCGAGUAUAUGUUGAUAUAAUGUACAAUACUUCGUAUGCAUAGCAUGGGAAUACCGCGGCAAACUUUCACUUGUUUGAUACUGCUAAGCAGUUUAUGAAUGGUUUUUACUGUAACUGGUAGACAACAAUUUUGCCAACUGUCCACUCAUUAAAUUCUUUGAUCGACUGUGGUACAACUAUUACUAAUGAUGGAUUAGUUAUAUAUGCACCUAAUUAUAUUUUCGGUACUUUGAUAUAUUUGAAAAAUAUCUGAAGUGAGUGUCGUUCUGCGAUGUGCAAUCAACAAAUAGACUGAUAAUAUUGUCUGUUAGUGUUACUAAAUACAAGAUGAAGUAGUGAAGUAGCUAUGUAUAUCAUUCACUCGUCCACAAAAUAUCCCAAAUAAUGAAUAAAUACAGUUAAAUAAUUGCGUCAGUAAAUUUUCUAAAUUGUUCCUGUAUUUAACUAUUAUCAAUAAAAUGUUAAAAUGGAGCUUUGAUUGACUGAUUCACCAUUUAUACUAAUUACUAUAUAGUGAACUAUUAAACUAUCGUGAUUUACACGAUUUUUGCAUAUUUACCAGACGAUGCCCUAUCCACCGACCCGAGGUUAACGCCGAGCGGGCGUCUUGUUCUUUUCUAUUCAGUAGAAUACAACAGUGAAGAGUUGUCACGUAACGGUCGGUUACCACUCGGCACACUAAGCACAUCUACCGACGGAUUCCCGAGCGACUGUCCAUGCAAUUUGAAGGAUCCGUUUGAAGAAAUUGAUCGGUUCCAUACGAGGCAGUCCGACGUAUAG